CCUGCCUCCAGUCAGAUUGACAUGUUGGCGGUCCUCUUUGAUGACGUUCUUGAGGAGCCGGGAGAGGCAGUGAACAAUGCAUCCGUGCCUGACGUUACGCUCUCCACCAAAGAGUGUAUUCUUGAUUAUCUUGCCGGUUACGUGGUAAAGAAGUUUUCAACGAUAAGCUGCACUGACUGCGUGGGAACACUCAAGAGCCAGACACGAGAGCCAACUGACCUAAUCCAGAAGAAGUCAAGAGGAUUCCUGCAAGUGCCCUCAUCCCAGCUUCUCAGCCUGUUGCGCAUUGUGGAAGGACAUGUUGAAGAACUGACUGUGGACACAGUUGCAUGUGCCGAUGUGUAUGCGAACAUUGUUGACCAAGUUUUGCUCGACAGCCGCAUUGCUUCUGCUGGUGUGCGCUGUAGGUUGCACUAUGUGGGUACCACAGCAGAGGUUGUUCAUUUUUUCUUGAGGUGCCGCCUGCACUUUUACACCAGGGAAAAAAACAAGCUGACACGAGCGACGCGGCGAGCAAACUGCCCAGCAAAUGGUGGCAACAAGCCCCAUGGGUAGCAGAUGUUCUGUUUGUCAUGCUAUGUAAAGCCCAACUGUUGUGUUUUGUGUUUGCUAGUGACAAAAAAACACUUGCACAUUUGUGUUCCUAGUUGCUUGUGUGACGUUGUUUAUUUCCUUUAUCCGCCAUGCUAUUGCCGUAAACUUGUAUGAAUAAACACUUGCACCACAGCC